UCUGUUUUCGACUGCUCAUUCAGUAACACCUUCGUUUUCUUGGUUAUUUGUAUUAGCUACAGUUGAAUUCUGUAGUAGAAAUGUGUUCAGUAACUACGGAGCUCCACCAACUGAGAGAUGGAGUCAAUAAGGAAUGUCUCAUCCAAUGUUAGCCUAUGCUAAUGUUGCUAUCUCUGAAUUGCACCGUCAAAGACUCAAUAUUCGCAAGGACAAUGGAAUACUUUUUUUUUUUUUUCCACAGAGGGACUCGUUUAGUUAUUGUUACUUACCGUAUGCAAUAUACCAAGGGAACAAUAAUGGAAGACCUAAAAAGAACCGUGAUAAUCACAUCCGGAAUACCCAUAUGCGAAGUGAUGAAUUAUCAACAAAGCUCAUCUAUAGAAGACCAGACCGUCUGCCAAAGAAAUCACAGAGUUGUGAUUUUCGUUCUCGAAGACAGCACUACAGUGCAAAGCAAAAACGAUAUGGGACAGCAAACAAGAGGUCAUUGGAAGGAAACUGUCACGUGACUUCUGGGUGCCAAUGUUCCUUCAGAAGGUCAAAAGGGCCCCAGUAGCUGGUGAGACCUUUCUUGACAAUGCAGAGAAAUACCUACCAAGACGCCAAAGCAAUAUUUGGAGAUUCCCCAUACCAAGGUGUCAAUGGAUUUGGAUGCAAUCAUGACGCACUAGCCCACCAACCCUUGGCCUACCUGGAGAGUCAGAGCAACUUGAAGGAGUUGGAUUGCUCUUCGCAGUCAAAUGGCAACAGCAAAUCACAGCACCCACAGCACCCAAAAGAGCGUGAACCUAACUCAAAUUCUACCUUCACCAAAAGCAUCUUCCCGUGGAUGAAGAAGUCGACAAUGCAGAACUGUAUAAAGAACAACGGAGACAAACCCGUAGAAGUAAAUGAACUCUUUGGUGACGAGGAAAGCCCAACAACUGCAGCCUCCAAAAGGGCGCGCACUGCAUACACAAGCGCCCAGUUGGUAGAGCUUGAGAAGGAGUUCCACUUCAAUCGUUACCUUUGCCGCCCCAGGCGCGUGGAGAUGGCUAACCAACUCAGUCUAAAGGAGAGGCAGAUCAAAAUUUGGUUUCAAAAUCGGAGAAUGAAGUGCAAGAAACAUGAAAAGUUUAAAGGACUGUGCUCCUCUUUAGGUAGCCCUGGAACUCUUACCAAUCUUGGUUAUAUUAAUGCAAUAGGGGAUGAUUAUGACACUGUUUCUCCGCCAUCUUUAAAGCUUCAACAAAACGAUUAUGUCAGUGCAUCAGUCUAUCCAAACUCAAUGAAAGCCCAACAGAAAUAUGCCAAUACAACCCCAGAAUAUGCUCCUUGCAGUAGGCAGGACAAUUAUAGUAUGUUUUCCAUUCAUUAUGCUCAAGCUGACCCUGUUCAUGUUGACGUGAACUUGCCAUUCACUGCAUACGGGGUAAAUAACCAGUGUAAUCAUACUGCACAGAUGACGUCAAGCCAACAACAUCCUAAACCUACACUAUGUGAUCCAAACACAUCAUACCAUCAUUCUUCUCAAGAAUGAAUCAAGCAAGCUCCUAAACUGACUCAUUAAUAGCAUAUGGAGUCAAUAUGUCACUUGACCAUAAUCAGAUCAUUAGUGGACCGAAUCCAAAGUUUAGGUCUGCAAGCAUAAAAUAUUUGUUUGGCGCAAAAGGACAAUUAUUCGCUGUAUCCAAAUGCAUGCAACUAGUGGAGAGUCAUUACAGCAGAGUUACUAAUAUUUUACUCGAAAAGAGCAGCUUUAACUAUUUUGGGAAUUAAACGACUGAUUGUGACCACUAGAGUCGGAGGUAAAACACAAGAGUUAAUUCGAAUAGAGUGUUUAUAAGUAUUGCUAGAGUCAAUGUGAUUCCAUCCACAGAUCAGCACCUGCAUAGGCUAUUCUAUCCUGUUGGACAGCUCUGUUUUUCUAUUUUGAUUUCUUAUCCAUAUAGGAUAAACCUGAAAUUAUUGCAUUAUAUGAAACCACAGGGUAAUGUAAAACAUCAAAUAUAAAUCAAUAUCAAGCAAAAACUUUUCUCACUUAUUUUUUUGUACAAUACUUGACAUUAUGCACUUUUCUAAGUGGAGCAGGCCAUGACCCCACUGCGUGCAUUGGAAUAUUACAAACAUAUUUAUUACAAUGUUAUUUAGUUAUUUAUAUGCUAUUUAUUAAUUUAAUUUAUGGGA